CUAUCCGGUGAGGGAUUUUCUGAGGCUCCAGAGCGGUAAUGUUCUUCCAUGAUAGGAAAUUCCUUACUUCCCUAUUCACUAUAAGCAAAAUUAGGAACAGAAACGCUACGGAGUGAUUUUAAGUCAGUUUCAAAUGUAACUAACUCAGACAAACUACCAAAGUGAAACUGUGUCAAUAAUAUUAGCUUAGCACGUUCAAAAAGCAGUUUUAAGCAACGCACUGUACAUCAUCGAACAGUUUUAGAGCAUCGUAACUUGAAGGACAAUCUUGACCUCUCCUAUUUAUCCUGCAGAAAUAUGCGGAUGUUUCUCUUUUACUUUUCGUUACUCGUAAAUGGUGCUCUUGGUGUGAUGCAUAAAAGUCAGUCUGUGUCAGUAAUGGAGGGAGAUUCUGUCACUUUAUACGCUGAUCCUACAGAAAUUCAGAAAGCUGAUCUGAUAUUGUGGACGUUUGGACCUGACGGCACCCGAAUAGCUCAGUUCAACAGAAUGGAUCAUAAAAUCUCACUAUAUAAAGAGAUUCUUGAUGGGAAAUUCAGAGACAGACUGACGCUGGACAGUAAAACUGGAUCUCUGACCAUCACAAACACCAAAACAACAGACUCCGGACUUUACAAACUGGAGCUCAUUGGCAAAAAAGACAUCCCAUCCAUGAAGUUCAGCAUUAUUGUUUAUGCUUAUCUGCCUGUUCCUGUCCUUACCAGUUACUCUUCGCAAUGUUUUUUAUCGCAUCACAGUUGUUUACUGGUGUGUUCAGUGGUGAAUGCGAGUGCUGUGAGUCUCUCCUGGUACAAAGGAAACAGUGUAUUGUCCAGCAUCAGUGUGUCUGAUCUCAGCAUCAGUCUCUCUCUACCUCUGGAGGUGGAAUAUCAGGAGAAAAACACCUACAGCUGUGUGAUCAACAACACCAUCAGCAACCAGACCACACAUCUGGACAUCAACACACUCUGCCAGCCAUGUUCAGCAGCAGGUUUGUCCACUACUUUCAUAGGGGUGAUCUGCGCUGCCGCCCCUGUUUCAGUUUUGAUAUUGAUUUUCUGUUGCUUUCACUAUUGUAAACGACGAUGGAAAAAAAUUCGGGAAAAACAACAUAGUCAAGAGGUAUGUUUGUUGGAGAUGAAAUUACCUCAGUGUCAGUGAUGGUGGGACAUUCGGUCACGCUACAAACUGGGAUCCCUGAAAUCCAGAAAAAUGAGUUGAUCCGAUGGACAUUUGCUGAAUACAGAGAAAUCGGCCGCUCUCCAUUUGUGGUCAUCGCUGAAUAUAAUAAAUCAAACAACCAGCAAAACAGGUUUAAUGAAAGAAUAUUAGAAGAGCUGGAGCUGAACCACAGGACGGGAUCUCUGACCAUCACAGGAAUCACACAGAGACACUAUGGAUAUUAUAAACUACUGAUGAGCAGUGAAGGGCAGAGGAUCUCCAAGACGUUCAGUGUUGUUGCUAAACCCUCAAGGAAAGAACGGAGAAAAACCUGCCCUUUAUAACAGAGGAGGACUGCACAGAAUAAAUCUGCAACAUCAUCCACCCCAGCUCACUGACAAAACAAGUUCAUAUGUACCUUAAAAUUACAUUUAUUUGUUAGCAUGUAGAUGCGGCAUGGUGGCUGGUUAGCACUGUCACCUCACAGCAAGAAGGUCAUUGGCCUGAGUCCUGACUGAGUCAGUUGG